CAUGGCUCUCUUAUUCAGGGACUCUCUCGCCCUUUGACCGUUACAAUGGCCUCUGUUGCGUCCCAGCCUCCUUAUCAUUCCUCAGAACUUGGCUUUUCGUCCUCUCUUCUCCAUCCUCACUCCAGCGAUCCAGACCGCAGAAGAAUUAUCAAAUCCACAUGGCAUAUUCUCGAACAGGCUCCUCCACCCAGUUUACGAGAAAUUCUCGGGGCUUACAAGUCCAGAGGGGAUGGUGAUCGCGAUAUGCUCAUUGCUAUGCUUAAUGCCAAGAGUGCCGAGGACCAGCGCCUCGCGUCUAUCGCAGCUUUGCAGCGGUCACUACUCGAAAUAUCUACCGUAGACAGUAGAUGCCAUCCUCCAUCAUCAUCUUUUCCUCCUUCGCCCGUCAUUCAAUUGCAUCACGCACAACAUCAUUGUCAAUCAUCCGGCUCAUUUACGUCGGACGCAUAUCCUCACUGCUCAAUACCAGCUGUCCGAGAACCCCCCCGCUCUUCACAACCACCUCCCAAACGUCAACGUCAUUCCCGUUCACCUGGUUCCUCGCAUCGCGGAUCGCGCAACUCAUCACAUGACUUUCCUCCUUCCCCAUAUUCUUCUGCUUGUAGCGACUCUGUUGAGCAGUCGCCCCGUUCUAGAACUUCUAUUCCUAUCGGGUCAUUGCUCUCUUCAGAUCCAAGCAGGGAUAUCAAAACCGAAGAAUCCAGAAAAACACCAAGUAGUUCUAGUAGUAUAUGUCGGCCGAGUAUAUCCAAUGCCCCUGCGGUGUCUAUAUAGCAUUGUUUUUGUAUUUUCUUCUGGAUUGAUCUAGCUCCGUGUUGUAUAUUUAUGAUAUGAGUAUCGUUACAGUAUUAUGUUGUCAAAUUCUUACUACAGUCGAAGCUAUAAGUUAUGGCCCCUCAAUCCCAUAAUCUCUGACAAC